CUGCCCAGUCGGCAGCCAUACGGGCUAAGGCGACUCUGAAAGUAUAAUUCCCCUGGUGCCGAAUUCUUGUGGGAAGUAAGUUAGUUCCACGAUAAAAUAAAUAUACUUGAGUAGUCGCAUCUGUUUCUGUCAAAGGAUGACCACCAUCGUCGCGGAUCUCUGCCCGUCGUGAUGGGUUCCAGCAUAACCAACCCUUCCGGACUGGCCCUGGAAAGGGGCAUGUGGGCUGCAGUCGCAAUAGCCACCUUUAUUCUCAUUCUCCGAAUCAUUGCGAAGAUCAAAAUUCGCAACUUUCGCAUUGACGAUGUGUUGAUGAUCAUAGCCUGGGCACUGACACUCGCAUCCACGGUCAUCUUGACACUUUCUGUACAAAAUGGCUUCGGCACGAACCUCACCAAACUCCCGGCCCAUAACACCUCGCAAGUGCUGAAAUACAUCGCCUUCGAAGUACUUCUUGUGACCCUUAGCACCGGCAUAGCCCGCUCCUCAUUCGUCCUCUACCUGUUGGCUAUUCUUGGUGGAAAGAAGAAAUAUUGUGUCGCAUUAUGGAUUGCCAUGGUGCUGCAGCUCUGCGCCAACAUCGUCUCUGCAGUGCUGCCACUCUCCAUCUGCCGCGACGCCCGAAUUCUGUGGGAUCCGACCGUCAAGACAACAUGUGGCAAUAGCGUCGCGGUGGUUAACUUCUCCUACUUCUCCUCAUCCGUCAAUUCUGCUACCGACUUGUUCCUGGCAGUGUUCCCAACAAUCAUUUUCUGGAACCUGAACCUGAAGAUGCGGAUCAAAAUCAGUUUGAUUAUCCUGCUCAGUCUCGGUAUAGUUGCCAUGGUUGCCUCGAUCAUCAAGACUACCAAACUCGACGAGGUCCCCAGCAUCACCAACCUCGGUGCUGGCGGUGCAGUGGAGCUGAUUCGCUGGGGAUUUUCGGAGAACCUGAUUAUUAUUAUCACCUCUUCCGUGCCCUGCAUCCGACCUCUGCUUAUCUCUUCUGUGAGAAAACUCUCCAGUGCGGCGCGUUCUCGCUCGUACGAACUCAGUGGUCCGUUCUCGGCCCAGAAGGGAACCGCGAAGAACGGCACCUCCCAGUCUCAUGCGCAGGAGCAGCCUAGUACAGACAAUCGCGAUGACUGCGACAGUAUCGAGCAAAUCCUCAAGGAUAGCUACCACUCGGGGUCGAUGGUGGAGUCCGGGCGCGGCAUUAAGAAGCAGGUUGAGAUCUCGGUGGUGUCGAACCAAAAGAGCAGCCGCUGGGGUGGUGACCGGGCGAGCCGCUCAUAGCGGACAUGUUUCUUUUGUUUGUUUCUAUACUAUUGCUACUACCACCAUUACUACUAUCUGUCUCACUUAAGACAGCCAGACGCAUGUUCACGAGUUACGCCAACUUGUUCCUGCU